CAGCUGGAGGCAGGUGCCCAGUGUGAGCCCCGAGAGGUGCCCAGGACCGGUGUGCCGGUGGUCAUCCUGCCCCUGCGCCCAGCAACCCCCAGCAACUGGGAUUUUGGGGCAAGGCAAUAAAAAAUAAGGAAGAAGUGGUGUUUCACCUGAUCAAGCCUUCUUGCAGCCCGGCUGCACGCUCGGGAGAGCUGGAACAGAGGGAUGGCGAGGCCACGACCAGCCGGGUUAGGUUGGGAAAGUGGUUUGGGACCAACCCCUGGACAAAGGACCUGGAAAUUUCCUAUAUAGGUCCCUCCACCCAGGGCUUUCAGGCAACGCAUCCUGUGAUGAGCCAGCGCGCCUGAGCCCCGGCAGCCGUGGGGAUGGAGCUGAAGGUCUGGGUGGACGGGAUCCAGAGGGUUGUCUGCGGCGUCUCGGAGCAAACCACCUGCCAAGAAGUGGUCAUCGCCUUGGCACGGGCCAUCGGUCAGACGGGCCGCUACGUGCUGGUGCAGAAGCUGCGGGAGAAGGAGCGGCAGCUGCUGCCGCUGGAAUGCCCUCUGGAGUCGCUGGCCAAGUGCGGGCAGUAUGCCAACGACGUGCAGUUCGUCCUGCGGCGGACGGGCCCCAGCGUGGCCGAGCGGCCCUCCUCGGAGGGUGCUCCCCAAGCCCCCGAGAGGACGUUCAUCCGGGCCAGCUUGCCCAUCAAACCCAGGCCCGCCGGCACGGAUGCACCCCGUUCCCGGGAGCCAAAAAAAUCUAUGACCUUCAACUUGGGUCCUACAGGCUCAGGAGACCCAUUUGCCAUGAGCCGUUGGAGGCACCAAGCGCGGGAGGGGAUGGACUUGGAGGGCGGUGGGGUGGUCCAGCCCUCCAAGGAGGAGCUGUUUAGGAGGGUGCUGCGGCAGCAGGAGCAGCUGCAUUCUUUGGAGGCCCACGGGGACACCCUGGAGACGGACCUACGGCUCUGGGAGCGCGGCCGGCUCACCGGCCAGGAGGAUGAGAUCCUCUACCUGGAGCACCUGGUGCGGAGGAACGAGACAGAGCUGUGCGAGGAGGAGUUUUGGCAGAGCGAGCUCCGGCUGGAGAAGGAGUGUGAACGGGAGCGGCAGGAGCGGGUUAGGAGCUUGCGGGCCAGCCUGGAGGAGUACACCCAGAGGAUCUACGAGCUGAGCGCCCGGACUGAAGCCCUGCAGGAGGAGAUCCAGUGGGAGAUGGCCGAGAGGGCCAAGAGGGGGAAGGAGACCCCUGCGCCCAGCCCCACAGAGCUGGAGGACAUGGCUGCCAAGAUGAAAAGGGACCUGGAGACCAAGGUCAAGCAAGGCACCCAGCUGGAAAGCAACCUGGCCAGCGUGGAGAAGGCCCUGGAGGAAGCCGAACGGAACCUGCAGGCCCAGACCCAAGAGCUGGAGGAGUUAAAUAAGGAGCUGAGGCAGUGUAAUUUGCAGCAGUUUAUUCAGCAGACGGGGGCCACGGUGACCGUCCUGCAGGCCAGGUCCGAGGAGGAUGCCCAGCCGGAGCCGAGCCCGCACGAGCUGCCAGCCUACCAGAGAAACGGAGGUUUUCCUCCCAGCACCAGCACUGACUCCCCUCCCCGGACCAGCACCAAGCAGUUCCUCGGCCACCCCAGGACCCUGCCGGAGCCCCUAGUGUCCAGCCUGAGCCCCGAGGUUGUAUCAGCCAGGCAGAGCAUCUGGAGGUAGAAGGGCCCCGGCUGGCGGAGGAUGGAUUGCCUUGCAAGUGUAACUGUAUAAAUAAACCAUAUUAUAUAUAUUUAUACAUAUAUAUAUCUUUUUUUUUUCUUUUUACUGCUUUAUAUCGUGAAUGGAUGUGGACGGCCAGACUAUUUUUACAGACUGUAAAAUAAAACCAGAGACCGACGAGACAAAGCAA